UCCGAUUGCGGCGUUGACACAGAAUCUCAAGGAUCUCGGUGGUCAACUUUCUGUAUUUGAGAGUAUGCCAGUUACCGUGGUUCACCACCAUAAAAUCUAGCGAUAGAAAAUGGGGUUUGGUAAGUAACGGGAGCUUGGAUUGCCGUAGCUGCCACGUGCACGCAAAAGCCUGCAUCGCCACUCGGCAAUAGACUAUUCGUUCCAUGUCGCUGAAGAUAUUCAGCUCAAGGUACCUGCACGCGCAAGCUGGGAGACAUGCCACACCACGGAACAUUCGUCGCGGAUACGCGACUGCUUUCGACGUCAGCUCCAUAGAAACUGUUCCUCUCCGAUUCGAAAAGAUACCCGCGACGGUCAAAGGCUUGAGUGAAUCAGUCGAUUCAAACUUACCACCCAUCGUAUUUCUUCACGGACUUCUAGGCUCUAAACGGAACUGGACGUCAAUAAGUAAAAACUUCGCUCGGUCGUCGAGAAGACCUGUUUAUGCGAUCGACCUUCGGAACCACGGCGAUUCGCCCCACAAGAGACCGCAUACCUAUGAAGCAAUGACAGCCGAUCUGUUCCACUUUUUCCAAACGCAUCAAUUGAAGGAUAUCACCUUGAUAGGCCACUCGAUGGGAGGAAAAGUUGCGAUGUCCAUGGCACUCCAUCCAGAACUACCUAAAGACACCAUUUCGGAACUAAUUGUGGAGGAUAUAGCACCUUCUCGAGGUUCUCUCUCGUCGGAUUUCCGCUCUUACGUCGAGGCUAUGCGCUUUAUGGAGGAGAGUUGCGUGAAGACAAGGAAGGAAGCGAUAGAAAUAUUGUCAAAGACGGAGAAGAACGUGGACAUCGUAAAUUUCCUACUCACGAAUCUCAUCACACCAAGGUCCGGCUCAGGGGACUCGGUACAAUUCCGCGUUCCGUUGGACGCUCUUCACGAUCAUUUGGAUGAUUUAGGAUCAUUCCCAUACAAUCCUGGAGACGUUGAGUGGAAUGGGCCAACUUUGUUCAUCAAAGGGAACAAAAGCAACUAUAUCAACAAGAAUAAUCUACCCAUUGCGCAGCAAUUCUUUCCCAACAUGAAAUCUUUGACGCUGGAUGCAAGUCAUUGGGUUCAUGCAGAGCGGUUAGAAUCGAUUUGUUCUCAUUCGAGGUUUCGCUAAUUUUACUUCAGGCCAUUGGAAUUCCGGGAUGCCGUAUUUAAAUUCUCAAAAGUGGGAAAGCAUGAUUGAAGAGUCACCUUCCUAUCCAACAUCCAUCAGCUCAAACCUGUACUGGAGAUUUAUUCUUAAUCUUACGUGGCACUGGAACUACUGUCGGC